AUGCAAGUUAAUCUUGUAUUGACAGUGACAAUACUGUACAUUACCAGGCUUUGUCCUGCUCUGUGUGGAGUUCAUCCAGUAACCUGCAUCCUGCAAGGUGACCCACAGCCUCCUGCUCUCUUCAAGGAUGGAGAUUUUCUUAUUGGAGGGGUUUUCUCUAUUCAUGACUAUCUGAAGACAGAGAAUCACACAUACACCAGACGACCACAGCCACUAGAGUGCAGUGGCAGCAUGGACACCAGAGAGCUGCGCUUUGGCCGUGCCUUGCAGUUUGCCAUUGAGGAGAUCAACAACAGCUCUGAUCUGUUACCUGGCAUCACUUUAGGCUACCACAUUUAUGAUUCUUGUGCUUCUGUGCCAAUGGCAAUAAAAGUAGCGUUUCAGCUUGUCAAUGGAUUUGAUCUCAAAUAUAAUGACUCUGAUUCUUGUGCAAAAUCUGCCGCUGUAACGGCUGUAGUUGCAGAAUCUGGUUCAACACCGUCUAUCAGCAUGUCAAGAGUUUUUGGUCGAUUUGGAUAUCCACAGGUGAGUCAUUAUGCAACAUGUGCGUGUCUCAGUGACAAGCGUCAGUAUCCGACUUUCUUCAGGACCAUCCCUAGUGAUCACCAUCAAGCGGCUGCAUUGGCACGAAUGGUCAAGCAUUUCGGAUGGACGUGGAUCGGGGCGGUGCACAGUGAUUCAGACUACGGGAACAAUGGCAUGGCAUCGUUCCUGAAAGCUGCGGAGGAGGAGGGAAUCUGUGUGGAGUAUUCAGAGGCCUACUACAGGACCCAACCACGCAGUAAACUUAAGAGGGUCGCAGAUGUCAUUCGCAGGUCAACGGCUCGUGUAAUAGUUGCCUUCAUGGCCUCAGGUGAUAUGAGGUUCCUCUUAGAGGAGCUUAGCAAGGACCCCCCACCACCUCUGCAGUGGAUUGGCAGUGAGACUUGGAUUGUAGACUCAGGAAUGCUGCACCUCAAUUUGUGUAUUGGUGCUGUGGGCUUUGGUAUUCCACGCUCUGUUAUCCCUGGCUUUCGUAACUUUCUGCUUAAUCUUUCUAGAGAUGAGGUGCAAAAAUAUCCCCUAUUGACAGAAUUUUGGGAGAGCUCAUUUAGUUGUAGUUUAAGGCAGCAGACAGAUUCUUCAUCUGGUUUAUCAGCAUGUGAUGGCACUCAGGACCUGCACACAUUACAGAACCCAUAUACAGAUACGUCCCAAUUGAGAAUCACUAACAUGGUGUAUAAAGCCAUAUAUGCUAUAGCUCAUGCCAUCCAUGCCAUUGUCUGUAACAACAAGCAAUGUGACAAAAACAUCAAAAUUGAACCCUUGCAGAUUACAGAUCAGCUCAAGCGAGUGAACUUCACUAAGAAUAAAUAUCCUGUUUCAUUUGAUAUCAAUGGGGAUCCAGUAGCCACUUAUGAACUUGUGAACUGGCAGCUUCAGGAUGAUGCUUCAAUUGAUUUUGUCACAGUGGGUCACUAUGAUGCAUCCCAGCCGAAAGGACAAGAAUUCAGUUUAAGCAAAGCUAUCAUUUGGAAAGAUGGCAGUGAAAAGGUGCCUCUGUCUGUAUGCAGUGAGAGUUGUCCUCCAGGCACUAGAAAGGCUGCACAGAAAGGAAGACCUGUCUGCUGUUAUGACUGUAUUACAUGUGCAGAUGGAGAGAUCAGUAAUGAGACAGAUUCUUUAGAUUGCCACACCUGUCAACCUGAAUACUGGCCCAAUAAAGAGAAGAAUAAAUGUCUUCCUAAACCAGUGGAGUUUCUGUCAUGGGAUGAGAUUCUUGGGAUUAUCCUUGCUGCUUUCUCUGUUACUGGCUCUGUAUUAGCUUUAAGCAUGGCUUUAGUGUUUUAUAAAAACAGAGCUUCUGCCAUAGUAAAAGCCAACAACUCAGAGCUGAGCUUCCUGUUGCUCUUCUCAUUGACUUUGUGUUUUCUCUGUUCACUUACUUUCAUUGGUCGCCCCACUGAGUGGUCCUGUAUGUUGCGUCACACAGCAUUUGGGAUCACUUUUGUCCUCUGUAUCUCCUGUAUUCUAGGAAAAACAAUAGUGGUGUUAAUGGCAUUCAAGGCCACACUUCCAGGAAGUAAUGUCAUGAAAUGGUUUGGGCCUCCUCAACAGAGACUCAGCGUUUUUGGUUUCACUCUUGUACAGGUUCUUAUCUGUGUGGUUUGGUUAACAACAUCUCCACCUUUCCCUUUCAACAAUAUGCAAUACUAUAAAGAAAAAGUCAUUUUAGAAUGUAAUUUAGGUUCAACUGUCGGUUUCUGGGCUGUGUUGGGUUAUAUUGGCCUCCUGGCUUUCCUUUGCUUUGUUUUAGCUUUUCUGGCACGAAAGCUGCCUGAUAACUUCAAUGAAGCUAAAUUCAUCACAUUCAGUAUGAUCAUAUUCUGUGCUGUAUGGAUCACAUUUGUACCAGCGUAUGUCAGUUCACCUGGAAAAUUUACUGUAGCUGUGGAGAUAUUUGCUAUUUUAGCCUCAAGUUUUGGUCUGAUUCUUUGUAUUUUUGCUCCUAAGUGUUUCAUUAUUGUGUUCAGACCAGAUCAGAAUACUAAAAAACACUUAAUGGGUAAAGUAUCAUCAAAAGCCAUGUGA